CACCUUCUGUUGAUAUAUCAAAUGCGUGGAGAGCACGGUGGAUGGGACUCGUUGCAAGUACGGCUUUCCAAAAUAAUCCCGCAAUUCAACCACGUGCAUUCGUAGCGCUAGGUUGUUUAGCACGUGAAGAGGUUGAUGAUGACCUAUUAUAUCAAAUAUUGGUUGCAUUAAAAAGGGCCCUGAACUCAUUUUCGGAAAAUGAUUGUUCACUUAUAAUCAGCAUAAUUAUGUGUUUAACAAAAAUUGUUGAGAACCUUGAUCCCGAAUCUCGAUACCUUAAAUAUAUGUUUUGGUUAUCAAUGUCAUUAAUCCAAAUAGGGCAUAUACCAAUAUUUCCAAGUGCUGUGAACUUUCUUCAAGUAGUAUUAAGAUCAUAUGAUAUGAAUAACUUUUUUGCCACAGAGGACAUAGCAACUGUACUGUUAAGAACAAGAGAGAAGUUAGCUAGU